UCUAGUGUCAAAAUUCACCCUGACGUCCGGAAAGUGCAAAAAAAGCAAAUCGCGUGUAAGACUCCGGGAAUUUUCAUCCGGGAAGCAAUGUUAACAGCCGGUAGGAGUGCAAUCAGGCGCUUCCUGAUACACCCAUCCCACAAAUGGCCAACUCUCCCCAGUGGACAGUUUCUAAGUAGUGCCCAAAUCCAACCAAAAUCCUCAUCAAUCCCACCGACUGACGAUGAGGCAGCCGGGAAGAAGGAAGUCACCCAGGAAUCAUCAAAAACCCCCGGAAUACGAAUUAUCAGCACAAAAGUGGACAAAAAAUUGCCCAAGAAGGAGCCACUGAUGAAGAAUAUGUUCAUGUGUCGUGUUGACACGGACUUGCUGAUCUAUCCUGAGGUCUUCAACUACCAGGAUCAUCCAGAAGUGAUGGAAAAAGUGACUCCUAUUCGUCAAACACUGGAGGAUUUUGAAGAAAUCAAGCAGAUAGACGCCCAAGGAGAAAUUUCUGAGAGUAUUUGGCGAAAAAUCGACAAUUUGGGGCUCUAUGGAAUGAAUAUUCCGCAGCAUUUUGGUGGAUUGGGCUACAUGGUAUCCGAUUCCCUGUAUACACUGGAGCCUUUGGCUUCAGAACCUGCCCUUUUGAUGUGCCUGGGGAUACAUCAUCAAGUGGCAGAUGCUAUUUUGAAGGUGGGAACUGAUGAACAGAAGCAGAUUUAUCUGCCAAGGCUAGCUUCCGGGGAACUCCUGGGCAGUGUAGCCCUUCAGGAGACUGUUGACGCCGAGGGUUCUAUGUUUAACACCGUGGCCACAAGUGACGCCGGCGAGACAGUUUGGAGGAUUUCUGGGGAGAAACUUUUCGUCCUGAAUGGCAGGAAGGCAAAUCUCUUAGUGGUUUUUGCCAAAACCGAAGGGAUUAACUACAAAGGCACAAAAGAUGAGACUGUCACGGCAUUCCUGGUAGAGACAGAUCGAGAUGGUGUGGAGAAAAUCCCAAAGGAUUCGCGAGAAUUCGGGAUGCGAGGCUCUGAAAGCAUCACCGUCAAAUUCAACAAUGUCGAAGUCUCCUCAAGGAAUAUCCUGGGCACAGUAGGACUUGGACAUGAAGUUGGGGAGGAACUGGUGAAGCUAAUGCGCCUUCAGGGUGGCCUAGCAGCCGUAGGCAUGCUAAAGAAGCUUCUGAUAGAGAAUUCCGAGUACUGCAUAGAGAAAAAGCCCGGAGGAAUGGAUCUGGUGGAAGUGGAUUUGCUCAAAAAUCGCUUUUCGCGCAUCACCUGUGACAUUUAUGCCAUUGAGAGCAUGAUUUACCUGACAGCUGGCCUGCUAGACAUGUACGAUGGUCAGGAUGUCACCCUGGAAUGUGGAAUCAUCAAGAAUUUCUCCGCAAUGGCCCUCAGUCGAGCAGCAGGAAUGAUUGCAUGUCACAGAGAUUCCACAAUCUUCACCCAAGGUCACGUGACAGAACGCUUCAUGCGGGAUGCUCUUCAGUUCCAGACCCAAGGUGAAGUCCUAGACUCCCUUCGGUGCCUAAUCUCCCUCACGGGACUUCAAUUCCUCGGCAAGGAAAUGUACGAGACCGUCAAAAAAGUCAGAAAUCCCCUCUUUCAUCCCUCCUACAUCUUCAAGCGCCUCUUCACUGGCCAAUCCUUCGACAAACCCAAGAAAUUCGCCAAUCUCGAGCACUAUCUCCAUCUCUCCGUGAAACCCGGCGUAGAUGCCAUGGAACUCUCAAUCGUGCGCCUGCAUCUUCUCUCAGAAUUCCUCCUAGGACGCUACGGCACAGAAAUCUACCAGCAUCAAGUGGAUCUUCAGCGUCUGGCCGAAGUAGCUACUCUCUGCUAUGCCAUGUUUGCUUCCGUGGCCAGAGCCUCAAGAUCCUACUGCAUUGGCCUUCGCUAUGCCGACUUCGAGAUGCACACAGCAACUUCAGUCUGUUCACAUGCCACCGAAAGGAUCAUUCAUCUGGCCGAAGAAAUCCAACACAAUCAAUUCUUCAGCCACGACGUGGCCCAUGAGAAAAUCGGAAAGCAAUUGUUCAAGAGCAAGGGAUACUUCCUGGAACAUCCACUCACUAGAAACUUCUAAAAAAAAUAGUCCAACGUCGUAAAUAAAACACAUUUUGUAAAAAUAAAAUAAAUUGAAAAUAGCAUUAACAAAAA